CGUGGCUUGGUUGGAAUGUUGGUGGAGCCAAGGUUCGGAAAUGGAAUGUUUGGACACGAUUACACCUGAGUGUCAGCGAGAUGGAUACAAUCGGCUAGUUAGUCCGUCCCGGAGCUGCUCCCGCUCCCAACCCCGGCUCAGCAGCUCUCACCUGCGGCCCCAGCCUCUAAGAGGCACCGCUUCUCCUAGCCAGACCCUGCAGCACCGGAGCCCCUGCACACGGCAACCCCCAGCCGGCGCUUCCAGCAACAUCUUCCCUUAACAAGUCCUUCAGCUCCAGCCACGGGCAGCCAAUUGCAGCAAAUGUCCCCGGCUGCCCCAUGCCAGACGGGGCUGCCGCUGGUCCGCACCUGCCCUUGCUUUGGAACCGCGAGGAUGCCUCUUUUGGCAGCGCUGGCAUCUGGAAGCGUUUGAGAACCCGGGUGGCGGGCUCCUCUCUGCUCUCCCAGCACCAUCCGCUCCAGGUGCCACCCCCUGCAACCUUCUCCCCUUCAGCAUCUUCCUCCCGAGGAGAGCGAAUGGUCCCGGACACAUGCAGGCCAGGAAGAAAUACAUCUUGAUCGCAUUCUGCGCUUGCUGGCUCUUGCUUUUCUACUUCGGGGGAGCGCAGAUCCGGCAGCUGAAGUUCUUGGCUCGGAGGCAGAGCGAGGAUUUGGUGAUGGCGAGGAGAUGGCCGGCGUGGGACGACGAGGCGACGCUCAAAAGUUUUGUGGAGCAGCCUGGAGGAGGAGAGGUGGACUCCCGGCUGCGGGAGUCUCCAAAGAUGAAGAGGGAGAACAGGGCGAUGGUGUACAAGGACAGCAGGUGUCGGAUGGAGACCUGUUUUGACCUGUCUCUGUGCGAGAAGCGAGGCUUCCGAGUUUACCUCUACCCCCAGUCCAAAGGGGAUAAAGUUUCUGAAAGUUACCAAAAAAUUCUCGCCUCCAUCCAGGGCUCUCGGUAUUACACCCCGGAUCCACACCAGGCCUGUUUAUUUGUCAUGGGGAUAGACACUUUAGAUCGGGAUCAGCUUUCCUUGCAAUACAUUCACGACGUCGAUAGCAAGAUUCAGAGUUUUCCCUUGUGGAACAACGGUAGGAACCAUCUGAUAUUUAACCUCUACUCCGGAACUUGGCCUGAUUAUACAGAGGAUUUGGGCUUUGACGUUGGGCAGGCCAUGGUGGCUAAAGCAAGUUUUUACAUGGAGAGUUACAGGCCACAUUUUGAUGUCUCCAUCCCUCUGUUUUCAAGAGAACAUCCUCAGAAGGGUGGAGAGAAAGGCUGGCUUCUCUAUAACAAUGUCCCACCCAGGAGAAAGUACCUGUUGGUCUUCAAAGGCAAGAGGUACUUGACAGGAAUUGGGUCAGAUACCAGAAAUGCCUUACACCACAUCCACAAUGGGAAGGAUAUUAUCUCACUGACCACCUGUAAGCAUGGGAAAGAUUGGGAAAAGCACAAGGACGGCCGCUGUGACAGAGACAACCAAGAGUAUGAGAAGUAUGAUUAUCAGGAACUGCUGCACAACUCCACCUUCUGCCUUGUUCCAAGGGGGAGAAGACUGGGCUCUUUCCGAUUUCUGGAAUCUCUUCAGGCUGCUUGUAUCCCGGUUCUGCUCAGUAAUGGCUGGGAGCUACCUUUCUCUGAUGUUAUUGACUGGAGCAAGGCUGUUGUGGUGGGUGACGAGAGGCUCCUACUCCAGGUUCCAUCAACAGUCAGGUCCAUUGACAAUGACAAAAUCCUGGCAUUCCGACAGCACACCCAGUUCUUGUGGGAUGCUUAUUUUUCUUCUGUAGAAAAGAUUGUAUCGACCACAUUGGAGAUCAUUAAAGAUAGAAUAUUCACACAUGUUUCACGAAAUAGACUCAUGUGGAACAAACUGCCUGGAGGAUUAUUUGUGUUCCCGCAAUACUCAACACAUGUAGCAGAUUACCCCUUCUACUACUUAGAUGAGGGCUUAACCCCCAAGAAGGAGUUCACUGGAUUGAUUUAUGCAGUCUCACCCCUGGUCUCCCAAUCCCAGCCCAUCAUCAAGUUAAUCUUAGCCUUGGCAAAAUCCAAGUACUGUACACAGAUAAUUAUCUUGUGGAAUUGUGACAAACCAUUACCCCCAAGGAGUAAAUGGCCUUCCACCAGAAUGCCUCUUAUAUUCAUAAGGGGAGAACGUAAGGCCAUGAGCAGUCGCUUCUUUCCCUAUGAUGUCAUAACAACGGAUGCUGUGCUGAGUCUGGAUGAAGACACCGUGCUCUCCACCAAUGAGGUUGAUUUUGCGUUCAUCGUGUGGUGCAGCUUCCCUGAUCGGAUUGUAGGUUACCCAGCUCGCAGUCAUUUUUGGGACAGCAGCAAAGGAUUAUGGGGAUACACAUCAAAAUGGACCAAUGAGUAUUCCAUGGUGUUAACUGGAGCAGCAUUUUACCACAGAUAUUACCAUCACCUGUUCACACAUUACCUGCCAACGAGUCUACAUGCACUCUUAGACCAGACCGCCAACUGCGAAGAUAUCCUGAUGAAUUUACUAGUGUCAUCAGUCACUAAGCUUCCCUCAAUCAAAGUGACGCAGAAGAAACAGUAUAAAGAGACACUGAUGCAGCAGGGGUCAAAGAGCACUCUCUGGGCCAAUCCAGAUCAUUUCACACAGAGACAGAACUGCAUUAACACAUUUGCCAGCUGGUUUGGCUACAUGCCCCUCGUACAAUCACAGCUACGCCUUGACCCCGUCCUGUUCAAGGAUCAAGUCUCCAUACUUCGGAAAAAGUACCGCGAUAUCGAGAGACCUUGAAGGUGAAGGCUCUGAACGAUCACUCUCUGUAGGCCUGGCCAAGGGACCUCACAGGGUCAAAAGUCUUCUCUGAAGAACACAAGACAAGUAAGAACAGAUCAAGGCUCUGCAGGCUCUCCUUAAAUCUUCUAGACAAUCUUCCGCAAAGCCUAAAAAAAGAGGCCAACUGACUUUAUUUUUUAAAUCACUGUUAUUUACUACAACACAAUCCAUGUGGAACUAAUAGAAACAUGAUCUAUCUGUUAACUGGGGCGGUUUGGAAGAGGUUCAGAGAGGUGGCCCAUACUCUCCCAGAACUGUUUAUACAGUAAGUUCACAUCAUAAGGCUGUGCUUAUGCUAAUUCUAAUAAAGUGAACCAGUUCUUCUCGGUUGCUUAUAUUAUAACUUACUUUUUAUGAAAGACUGUGUGUUAGUUGUUUGUAGGCGUGUACCGUAAAAGGACCAUAAUCCAGUCAUGCUAUGGAUUUUACAGGGUCCUCCAGGGUAAAUGAGGAAACUGGCUUAACACACAAUAUUCAAGAUUGCAUUCUUUUUGUUGUCAACCUAAGAAACCUGUAACAAUCAACUGGUAUAAAAAUUGGGUGUCAACAGGUGGGUACCAGGGCCUGAAUAAGAUUCCCAUACGCAGGAGUCUUCGUUCUGGACCUGUGUUGUUGGAUAUAGAUGGUUUAAGAGAAAGAAGCUUGAAGAAGCUCCCCUGCUCUGAUCAUAUCACGGUUUGUCUAGCACACACCAGUUUGCAUGAAGGUUCAGUGAGUUGGUUUUAAUGGCAAAUUGUUCACUGUUUUAAAAAAAACAAUGUGGCUCAAAAUGAAAGAUGCAUGUUGUUGCCCACAGGAUUAUGUUGUAUUAAAUUACAUUUUGUCCAAUGGUGUCGCAUUGCAUUGAAUAAUAUAGCAGAGGCCUUUCCAAUCUACCUCAGGAACAAACAGCCU